GUUGAAUUUGCGGUCACGCUGCUGUUCUUCUGGCGAGCGAAUAAAGAACAAAUGUGUGUGAAAAAAUGUCGAUUUAAAUUGGCAAUUAAUUAUCGUAGCACACGUAUCAUCCGUGUUAAUUGAAGGCUACAACAAUACGCGACGUGCAAACAUAUUGUACAGGACUCAACCGAACGCAUAUGCAACAAAGCCGCCAAAGUCUAAAAUAACAAGUUGAACCACAACAGACUGCAAUAGCAAUAGCAACAUGUCUUCCAAUUCAAAUGGCAAUGGCGAGCUCAAGAAAUUGUCGGAGGAGUCGCUGCUGCAACCGCCGGAAAAGGUGUUUGACAUCAUGUACAAACUCGGUGAAGGCAGCUACGGCUCCGUCUACAAGGCACUACACAAGGAAAGCAGCUCCAUUGUGGCCAUCAAAUUGGUGCCGGUCGAAUCUGAUCUGCACGAGAUUAUAAAGGAGAUAUCGAUUAUGCAACAGUGCGAUUCACCCUAUGUAGUUCGCUACUAUGGCUCCUACUUUAAACAGUAUGAUUUAUGGAUCUGCAUGGAAUACUGCGGUGCCGGCAGCGUUUCCGAUAUUAUGCGGCUGCGCAAAAAGACGUUGACCGAGGACGAGAUAGCUACCAUUCUAUCGGACACGCUCAAGGGUCUAGUGUAUUUACAUCUGCGCCGCAAGAUCCAUCGCGACAUUAAAGCGGCCAACAUACUGCUCAAUACCGAAGGCUAUGCCAAGCUGGCGGAUUUCGGAGUCGCCGGCCAGUUGACGGACACGAUGGCCAAGCGGAACACAGUGAUUGGGACGCCCUUCUGGAUGGCGCCCGAGGUCAUUGAGGAGAUUGGCUACGAUUGUGUGGCCGACAUCUGGUCACUAGGCAUCACAGCACUAGAAAUGGCCGAGGGCAAGCCCCCGUACGGCGAUAUACAUCCAAUGCGUGCUAUUUUUAUGAUACCACAGAAGCCGCCGCCGUCGUUUCGUGAGCCGGAUCGCUGGAGCACCGAGUUCAUAGACUUUGUGAGCAAGUGCCUGGUAAAGGACCCGGAUGAGCGUGCCACAGCUACCGAGCUGCUAGAACAUGAAUUCAUACGCAAUGCCAAGCAUCGCAGCAUACUCAAAACCAUGCUGGAGGAGACGUGUGCCAUACGGGAGCAACAGCGCGCCAAUCGGGCAGCAGGAGUUACCAUGAGCCAGGCCAAAAGUCUGGCCACCCAGGAAUCUGGGUUAAUACUGCAGGAGGAGGAGACCGAAUUCAAUUCGGGCACGGUGAAAACAUUCAUCGAUGAUCCCGGCACAUUAGUGCCAGAGAAGUUCAAUGAAUAUCAACAGACAUCGGCGUCAGAUGCCACCAUGAUUGCCCAUCCCGAGCAGGAGAUGGACGAAGGCACUUUGGGCCCAGGUGGCAUACGUGGCGGCUUGGCCAAGGCAGCAGCGAAGGCAGCAACAGCAGCCGCACCCGGUGGCAGCGGCACUUCUGCAGCGGAUGUGGCAGCAGUGGAUAGCGGCACAAUGGUUGAAUUGGAGUCGAAUCUGGGCACCAUGGUUAUCAACUCGGAUUCGGAUGAUUCCACGACUGCUAAAAGAAAUGAUGAUCAGAAGCCGCGUUAUCGCUAUCGUCCACAGUUCCUCGAUCACUUUGAGCGCAAAAAUGCUGGCGAUGCCCGCGCUGAUGACAAGUCAGCGACCACGCCUACUGAGUAUUCGCCUGCAGCAGUUGAGCAACAACUACAACAGCAACAGCAGCAGCAACAACAGCAGCAAGAGCAGCUACACAUGGCAAGCGGGGCAAACGAUGCCAACAAUUGGGAGCACAAUAUGGAAAUGCAAUUCCAGCAAAUCUCACAAAUCAAUCAGUAUGGCUUGCAACAGCAUCAACAACAACAGCAGCAGCAACAGCACUUGCUCAUGGCUUAUCCGCUGAUGAACGAGCAGCUGAUUGCGCUUAACAAUCAGCAGAAUUUACUGCGCAACAAUGUAACGCCACAGCAGCAACAACAGGCAGCUGUUGGUGCAUCAGCAGCGGCUGGAGUUGUGGCACAACCGCCGCCCGCAUAUCAGCAUCAACAUUUGCACACACAAUCGCAUGCGUAUGUAGAGGGAGAGUUUGAGUUUCUCAAGUUUCUUACCUUUGACGAUCUGAACCAAAGGCUGAGCAACAUCGAUCACGAAAUGGAGCUGGAGAUUGAGCAGCUGAAUAAGAAAUAUAAUGCCAAACGACAGCCCAUUGUCGAUGCAAUGAAUGCGAAACGCAAGCGCCAACAGAAUAUCAAUAAUAAUCUGAUUAAGAUAUAG